AUGGCUUCCCAGAUCAGUAAAACAGCGUCUUCUUCUUCUUCUUCUAUGUCUCCUACUUCCAUCUCUAAAGAUGAGUAUGAUGUCUUCUUGAGUUUCAGCCGGGAAGACAUCGGCAAAAGUUUUGCUGAUGAUCUAUAUGCAGCUUUGGUUAAAAAAGGGCUUCAUCCCUUUAGAGAAGCUAUUGGAAAACCUGAAAGCAAAGAAGCUAUGUCAUCGGAAUCCUUAAUGGCUAUUGAGAAAUGGAAGGUUUUCAUUGUAAUGUUCUCCAAAAGCUAUGCUCAAUCCCGCUAUAAUUUGGAUGAACUUGUCAAAAUCAUGGAGUGCACACAAGCAACGAGAAAAGUAGUUGUUCCAGUUUUCUAUCAUGUGAAUCCAUCUGAUGUGCGGAAGCAAAAGCGUAGUUAUGGAGAAGCAUUUCACCAUCACGACGCAAAGCAGGAGAAGGAAAAGAUAGACAAUUGGAGGACCGCCUUGACGGAAGCAAGCAAAUUAAAAGGAUAUUAUCAUCUUGAUCAAGACCGAUUGAAACAGGCAGAUAUUGGUGACGAUAACUUAGUUGGAAUUGAUAGCCGUUUGGAAGAAUUGCACUCAUUGAUAGGCAUUGGAUUUGAUGAUGUUCGCAUGCUUGGAGUAUAUGGAUUUGGUGGAAUUGGAGUGAAAGAUAAAAACCUGAACAAUGUUGAUGAAGGGAUCAAUGAGAUAAAGAAGAGACUGCGACAAAAAAAAGUUCUUAUUAUUGUUGAUGAUGUGGAUCAUUCGAGUCACUUAAAGUACCUGGUUCCAGAUCGAGAUUGCUUGGGUAAGGGAAGUAGAAUUAUUAUAACAACUAGAGAUAAACAUUUACUAUGUGAAUAUGGAGUGGAUGCUAUAUAUGAGGUUCAAGAAUUAGGUUCUGAAGAAUCUAUGCUUCUCUUUAGCCUGUGUGCCUUCAAACGAAGAUUUCCUAAAAAGGAUAUGUGGAACUUUCAAGAGAAAUAG